CCGGGAAUGGCCGCGGAUGGCGGGUGAGGGAGCUCGAGCUCCGAGCGCUCGGUCCGGCGGCGGCCCCGCCACGGCCGGAUGGGCCCGGGCGGCCUUGCCGAGCACUGCCGGGGCCUCCCCCUCUGUCCGCCCGCUCCACUCCUUGGUUCCCGUCCAAAUCACGAGAGUCCUCGGCCAAAACGGAGCGUAACUCUGCUGUGAAAGCUCUUAGUUCAGGUUUCUCGUCGUCCCUCGUUUUUACGUUUCUUUGUUCUUUACGGAAGGGUGGGCGAGUUUCGUUCCAAAAAGGCUCAAGGUGCUCGGUGAGGCAGCGGGAGCGAGGAGGGGGAUUGCAAGGAUGUCCUGUGGGAAAUGAGAUCCCCAGCACUCAGUAAGGUAGAAGGACUGAAGCACUGAAAAAGAAACAGUAGAUUUUUUGGAGCUGGCACAGACAAACUAGAAGAAUAAUUUUGGAUUAUGUAGUUGCCUCAAGUACGUACUGUUGACUGGAACACAGGCUGCUCUUCAUCCUUCUGAACUAUGCCAAGAAAAAGAAAGCUGUUGGCUCAGUUAAGUGCUCUUCAAAGCAGCUCCAGCUUCCCUCAGAUCGAUGCCCUGGAGAACCUGAGCACUACAGCUGGUGGAGAUUGUUCUCCAAAAAGCAGCAAAUACUUUGUGACACAGAAAAAAAAUUCUUCCCAGCUGGAAGCAGAUUUUUUCAACCAGCCCUGUGUUAAUCUGGCCAAGUCCUUUCUGGGACAGAUUUUAGUUCGCAAACUUCCUGAUGGCAGAGAGCUCUGGGGCAGGAUUGUUGAAACAGAAGCUUAUCUGGGUGGGGAAGAUGAAGCUUCCCACUCGAGAGGUGGGAAGCAGACUCAGCGGAACGCGGCCAUGUUCAUGAAACCAGGAACCCUGUACGUGUACCAGAUCUACGGCAUCUACUUCUGUGUCAACGUUUCCAGCCAAGGGGAAGGGGCUGCGGUGCUGCUGCGCUCCCUGGAGCCUCUGCAGGGCCUGGAUGCCAUGAGGGAGCUGCGCAGGAGCUCCAGGAAAGCCCCCACCAAGCUGCUCAAGGACUGGCAGCUCUGCAACGGCCCCUCCAGGCUCUGCCAGGCGUUUGGCAUCGACAAGGCUUUCGACCAGAGGGACCUGACUCGGGACACGGACAUCUGGAUGGUGCCUGGACAGGACCUGCCCGGGGAGCAGGACGUGGUGGCCACCACGAGGAUUGGCAUUGGCAACAGGGGGGAGUGGGCACAGAAACCACUCAGGUUUUAUUUACGAGGGAACAGAUUUGUGAGUGUUGUGGACAAGAAAACGGAGAGAGAGAUGGCAGCAAGGGGACACUUGCCUUGCAGCUGACAAGCCUUGCAAGGGUGCCACCAGCCAGGACUUGAGCUGUGCUCUGUGCAAGGACCUCAGGCUGCGUUGUGGCAGAUACAGGGGUUGGGGGUUUUUAACAAUAAAUGUACUUUGUUACACUGGAUGGGGCAAGGUGGAGUUUA